GUAGGCACUUAGCUUGCAUCAGGCAGCCGGCCACUAGAGGACCUCUAAUUUUCUCCUUUCUCCGGUUCAGUUGCGUAGACUGAGUUAAGGUGCAAAAUGGUUGCCUCUUCGCUCUCUGUCCUGCGAGCGUGCGGGUUGUGCCAAUGGGGCCUGAAGAAUUGGGCUCGGCUGUCAGGGCCUCCUCUGCUUAGGCUGGGUGGCCGCAGCACUUGGGCUUCUUCACGGACAACUGCGACACUAAGCCUGAAGCCCUCGGGCCGCCGCUGCUGGGACGAGCCGCUGCACAUCGCCGUGCAAGGCCUGGACCCCGAACAGCCGGUCACGCUGCUCGCGUCUUUGCGCGACGAGAAGGGCGCGCUCUUCCGCUCCCACGCGCGCUACCGCGCGGACGCGGAGGGCAAGCUGGACCUGGAGCGCGCGCCCGCGCUGGGCGGCAGCUUCGCGGGCCUGGAGCCCAUGGGGCUGAUCUGGGCCAUGGAGCCCGAUAAGCCGUUUUGGCGCCUGGUGAAGCGGGACGUGCAGACGCCCUUCGUGGUGGAGCUGGAGGUGCUGGACGGCCACGAGCCAGACGCCGGGCAGCAGCUGGCCCGCGCGCUGCAUGAGCGCCACUUCGUGCCGCCCGGUGUGCGGCGGGUGCCGGUGCGGGAGGGCAGGGUGCGGGCCACGCUGUUCCUGCCACCAGAACCUGGGCCUUAUCCUGGGAUUGUGGACCUGUUUGGACUUGGAGGUGGCCUUCUGGAGUACCGAGCUAGUCUGCUGGCUGGCAAGGGUUUUGCUGUGAUGGCUCUGGCUUAUUAUGGCUAUGAUGACCUUCCCCAGAGCCUAGAGACUGUGCACCUGGAGUACUUUGAGGAAGCUGUGAACUACCUGCUCCAUCACCCUGAGGUAAAGGGUCCAGGGAUUGGGCUGCUUGGGAAUUCCAAAGGAGGAGAACUCUGCCUUGCCAUAUCUUCUUUCCUGAAGGGCAUCACGGCUGCAGUCAUAAUCAAUGGCUCUGUGGCCGUUGUUGGGGCUAGCUUACACUACAAGGAUGAGACGCUGCCCCCUGUGGGUAUCAUGAGAGAUCGAGUCAAGAUGACCAAAGAUGGCAUCAUGGAUGUUGUGGAAGCCCUGAAAAGUCCUUUGGAAGACCAGAAGAGCUUUAUUCCCGUGGAGAGGUCUGACACCACCUUCCUGUUCCUUGUGGGUCAGGAUGACCACAACUGGAAGAGCGAGUUCUAUGCUAAUGAGGCCUCUAAACGCUUGCAGGCCCAUGGGAAGGAGAAGCCCCAGAUCAUCUGUUACCCAGAAGCAGGGCACUACAUUGAGCCCCCUUACUGGCCCCUGUGCAGGGCUGCCCAUCAUGACUUGGUGGGUGGUCCUAUUGUCUAUGGAGGGGAACCCAGGGCUCAUGCCAUGGCCCAGCUGGAUGUGUGGGAACAACUCCAGACUUUAUUUCACAAACACCUGGGUGGUAAGAGUUAAGGAGGGCUCUUCCAAAAAUUUAACCCAUUAUCUGAAGUUUUGGAGGAUAAGACUUGAAUAUAUUCUAAGAACACCAGUUAAGAUUAGUUCAUCUGAUUAGAGGAGUUAUUAUUGUAACUCUUCUAAGUUGCAUACUGUUCUCUUUAAAUAUUACUAUUCAAAAUAGUGUCUAUCCAAGGGCUGGGGUUGUAGCUCAAUGGUAGAGCACUUGCCAAGCAUGCACAAGGCCCUAGGUUUAAUCCCCAAUACCUCAAAAAAAAAAAGUGCCUAUCCAAAAAAUGAUAUCAGGAAUUAAAAAGGGACACUUAAGUAUAUGCACUUUUAUUAAAUUAAAAAUUGGACCAUUAUAGACAAAGCAAUUGUCUCUUUCAUUUCUUAGAAUACUGCUGCUACCCAUGCAGCAACAGCAAAGGAUCUUGAGUAGGGGCUAUGA